UUUUAGCUGAACUAAAGAAGUGAUCGAAAGAUCCUUAUUUUCGGCAAUUCCAGAUUAAAGGAAGAGAAGAAAUUUAUCGUUUUUAAACUUCCACAUGACCGUGGGAUGGAAACUUUCUUAAAUCUUGUGAUUAUUCUGCGGUUUCAAUUGUAGAUUCGGUUUCAAUUUAUCUUUUCAUGCUCCUUUGGGGAAAGAACUAGAAAUUCUGCCGUCUCUCUCAAGUCGGCGACUUUACUGCUUGGUUUCUUCCAUGACGCACCUGGCGACUCGACUCAACUCUCACCUCCAUCCAUGGCCACAACAGACGCCUCUACCACAUUCCAGAUCGCCGAGCGACGCUCUCUUCCUCCGCCGCCUGACCAUCGCUCCGAAAUGGAGGCAUCCGCCCACGACGGCCUUCGCUUCUGGAAAUUCAUGAUUGCCGGUUCCAUCGCCGGCUCCGCCGAGCAUAUGGCCAUGUUCCCUGUCGACACCGUCAAGACGCAAAUGCAAGCCAUGGGCUCUUGCCCCGUCAAAUCUGUUCCUGUCGGAGUAGCACACUCGCUCCGAACCAUUUUGAAGUCGGACGGUCCGAUGGGCCUCCACCGGGGCAUAGCCGCCAUGGGCCUCGGCGCCGGCCCCGCUCACGCCGUCCACUUCUCUGUCUACGAAGUCUGCAAGAAGUUCUUCUCCGGCGGUGACCCCCGCAACCCGGCCGCCCACGCCAUUUCCGGAGUGUGCGCGACUGUGGCGAGCGACGCGGUGCUCACGCCGAUGGACAUGGUGAAGCAGAGGCUGCAGUUGAGGGACAGUCCUUAUAAAGGAGUGUAGGAUUGCGUGAGGAGCGUUUUGAAGGAGGAUGGCGUCAGGGCCUUUUAUGCCUCGUAUAGGACUACGGUGUUCAUGAAUGCUCCGUUUACCGCUGUGCAUUUCGCGACGUACGAGGCGGCGAAAAGGGCUUUGAUGGAGUUCUCUCCAGAGAAUGCGGAUGAUGACCGGUGGGUGGUUCAUGCCACUGCUGGCGCAGCUGCCGGGCCAGCGGCGGCGGCGGUCACCACUCCGCUCGAUGUGGUCAAGACUCAAUUGCAAUGUCAGGGUGUCUGCGGUUGCGACAGGUUCAAGACCACCGCAAUAGGAGAUGUCAUUGAGUCGAUAGUGAAGAAGGACGGAUACAGAGGGCUCAUGAGAGGAUGGAUUCCGCGGAUGCUUUUCCAUGCUCCUGCCGCCGCCAUAUGCUGGUCUGCAUACGAAGCCUCGAAAGGCUUCUUCCAAGAGCUUAACAACCGCCGAGAUACUGAUACAGCAGCAUCAUACCACCACUUCUUUUUCCCAUUAAACAGAGAGAAGGAUAAGCAUAGUUAACCCAGUUACA